GACCUAAAUGUCUGACACCCUCGCUGCCCUCCGUCAGAAGCAAAUACACCUUUUAAACUGUUUCCAAAAGCCUGCAGUGUGCAGCUGAAACAGUUCGUUAACAGGAACGCUCACACUUUGCGCUCAGCUGUGCAGUUCGGCGCUCUGGACCUUCUGUCUUGCUCGCCUCGGCGUUUUUGGAUCGUACAGCGUGGGGGUAGGAGGAGCUGCUUUUCCUGUGAUUGUCUGCCUCCCUCCCCUCGCUGUCCCUCUCGCUCUUUUCUCCCUCUCUCGUUUUUUUCCCGAAGUUGAGUGUUCAGCUUUGCCUGGGAGCUGUCGCCAGCGGAGCGGCGCAGCUCUCCGCACUGACUGACUGACUGUCUGUUUGGACGCACCGGGCUGGCGUUUUGCGCGGAGAGCCUUGUUGGAGCAAGCGUAAAAAAAGGGAGAAGAGGAGAGUUCUAUACACACACCCACACCUCUGGUAUCCUUCCUGUCAAUCCUCCUGUGUUUUCUUCUGAAUUCAUCUCCGGAUACUUUCAAGAUGUCAGAGGAAAAGACCGUCGGGCAUUUAAAGCUGGUAAUUGGCCAGCUUCUGUGGGAUUUGAUGUCACCUUUAGACGGUUUUAACUGAAGAUGGAAACACUGGAGUCAGAGCUGACCUGCCCGAUCUGCCUGGAGUUGUUUGAAGAUCCUUUGCUCUUGCCCUGCGCUCACAGCCUCUGCUUUAACUGUGCCCACCGCAUCCUGGUAUCCCACUGCUCCACCAGCAAGCCCCUUGAGUCCAUAUCAGCCUUUCAGUGCCCCACCUGUCGUUACGUCAUCACGCUGAAUCACCGCGGCCUGGAGGGCCUCAAGCGCAAUGUGACGUUGCAGAACAUCAUUGACCGCUUCCAAAAGGCCUCCCUUAGCAGCCCCAACUCCCCCACAGAGAGCAGGCGCAUGCAGACGCAGCAUCCCUACACCGCCACCAUUAGUGGCACAAUAGCCGGAACGAUCGGCGGCGGCGGCGGCGGUGGUGGCAGUGGUGGGACGGGAAGUGCGCGUAGCAGCCCAGCCACUUCCAGCCACUCCCACCCGCACGCCAACCACACUAACCACGUCAACCACAACAACGCCAACCACAGCCCGGCGGUCGUGGCGAAGAUGGACCUGCGGAUCAGCUGCCAGUUCUGUGAGCAAGAUCCGCCGCGUGAGGCCGUCAAAACGUGCGUCACAUGCGAGGUGUCGUACUGCGACCGGUGCCUGCGUGCGACGCACCCGAACAAGAAGCCCUUCACCAGCCACCGUCUGGUGGAGCCAGUGCCAGACACUCACAUCCGGGGCCUGACCUGUCUGGAGCAUGAGAACGAGAAGGUCAACAUGUACUGCCUGGUGGAUGAUCAGCUCAUCUGUGCCCUCUGCAAGCUGGUGGGGCGCCACCGGGAGCACCAGGUGUCCUCACUCACCGAGCGCUUUGACAAGCUCAAGGCUUAUCAGGUGAGCCCGGGCAGAGUGUCAGAUGCGCUAAUGGAGGCUUCAAAGACAAGUGCUGUGCAAACUCUGGAGAACAACCUGACCAACCUGGUGAAGAGGAACAGUGAGCUGGAGAACCAGAUGGCCAAGCUCAUCCAGAUCUGUCAGCAGGUGGAGGUUAACACAGCCAUGCAUGAAUCGAAGCUGGUGGAAGAGUGCGAUGAGCUGGUGGAGAUCAUCCGCCAGAGGAAGCAGGUCAUCGCCGUCAAGAUUAAGGAGUCCAAGGUGAUGAAACUGCGCAAGUUGGCUCAGCAGAUUGCAAACUGUCGCCAGUGUUUGGAGCGCUCCAGUGCCCUCAUCACGCAGGCCGAACAGAGCCUGAAGGAGAACGAUCACGCGCGCUUCCUCCAGUCUGCCAGGAACGUGGCAGAGAGGGUUGCCAUGGCGACAGCCUCCUCCCAGGUGCUCAUCCCUGACGUGAACUUGAAUGAGGCGUUUGAUAAUUUUGCUCUUGACUUCUCUAGAGAGAAGAAGAUUCUUGAGGGACUAGAUUAUCUAACAGCUCCCAACCCACCAUCCAUCAGAGAAGAGUUGUGCACCGCCUCCCAUGACACCAUCACUGUUCACUGGACGUCGGAGGACGAGUUCAGCGUCACCUCCUACGAGCUGCAGUACACCAUCUACACUGGCCAAACAAACUUCAUCAGUUUGUACAACUCUGCAGACAGCUGGAUGAUUGUACCCAACAUCAAGCAGAACCACUACACGGUGCACGGCCUGCAGAGUGGCACCCGCUACAUCUUCUUCGUCAAGGCCAUCAACCAGGCGGGAAGCCGCAACAGCGAACCAGCACGCCUCAAAACCAACAGUCAGCCAUUCAAGUUAGACCCAAAGACAGCCCACAAGAAGCUGCGUCUGUCCAACGACUGCCUGACCAUGGAGAAGGACGAGAGCUCACUGAAGAAAAGCCACACGCCGGAGCGCUUCAGCGGCACCGGGUCGUACGGCGCUGCCGGGAACGUCUUCAUUGACAGCGGCUGUCACUACUGGGAGGUGCUGCUGGGAGCUUCCACGUGGUAUGCCAUCGGCGUGGCUUACAAAUCAGCCCCUAAAAAUGAAUGGAGCGGCAAGAACUCGUCUUCAUGGGUGUUCUCACGCUGCAAUAACAACUUUCUGGUGCGGCACGACGGCAAGGAGAUGCUGGUGGAGGCGAGCCUUCAGCUGCGGCGACUGGGCGUCCUGUUGGACUACGACAACAACUCGCUGUCCUUUUACGACGCCAUGAAUUCCCAUCACAUUCACACUUUCGAGAUCUCUUUCCUCCUGCCCGUUGUGCCCACUUUUAUGAUCUGGAACAAGUCGUUAAUGAUCCUCUCAGGGCUCCCCGUCCCAGAUUUCGUCGACGGGGUGGCCUCGGAGCUCCAGGAGCAGCAGCAGCAGCAGAUGGGCCUGUGCCGGCAGGAGUCGCCGUACUUGACGGGGAUGAAAACCUGCCACUGACUCUUCCUUUCGAUUGAAAAGGUUGAUCAGGAGCUGACGAACGCAGACGGUGUGGCUGGCGAAGUGUUGGGGAAAUACGUAUGUACACCCUUCUGGAAAAUUUUUUAGUUUGUAGCCAUUCUCCGUGUUGCCGAUCCAUUACUGUAGUUACUGGGAACAAGGUCUGUUGCCUGAAAAUAUCAGCAUGUGACGUUCAUCAGAUGCCGAGAGUCGCUGUCAAAGACGAGGUUGGUCUGACAAAAAGCAGGGACUGAAUCCUGGUUAGCAGGACUAAUUGUGAGGGUUUUUCUAUUUGUUUCAUUUUUAUGUGACCUCUAGGCUUAAGACCAAGGUGAGACUUUUCAAAUCAGCAACAUGAAAGAGAUUCAAAUAUUUUGGAAAUUUGUUGAAAAAAUGACAACAAAAUGAAGAGGGAUUGACUACUACAGAAAGCUACUGAUAUUUAGACCCAGCUGUUUACAAGUGAACAGGAAGUUACAAAAGGAAAGGUGCUCAUGAGUCCACCGUAGUUUCCAUGUCAGGUCACUAGGUGAUGCUGUGCUUUUUGUAUUUAAACGACAUGCACGUGUGUGCAGACAGUUCAGGCUCGAGUACAAAAACAGUUUCAUUCAAAAUAGCUAUCAACUGUUAGUUAUUAAUGUGCUUGUGCAAGUGCAGAAAAAACAUUGACUGCAGCCGUCUGCUGUGUGAGAUAUCACACCGAUGCUGGACAUUUCCGAAAACCUCCACUCUGUGACCUGGAAUUGAAAAAAAAUUUGUAUCAGAGCAAACUGUUGUUGAGUACAUAAACGGGCAACAAAAAAUGCUAGUUUCACUUAAAAACUUAUUUGUGUAAACAGGGCUGUAAACAGUUGUUAAAAGUGGACACCUGAAUCAGGCACAGAAAACCAAUUAAGUUCUCCGCUGAAUGUUUAAUUUCUAAAGAGAUCUAAAGACACCAUUUCACUCCAAGCCUGUCUAUGGCUCUGGAGAUCUAAAUCAUACUUGGCCUCCAAACACGUGUUCGUAAAAACCUGGUCACACCCUAGAUAUGAUGUCAUAGUGAACAAGGAAGUCCCCUUAAAACAGUUCUACAUUCCUAAAAUGUAAAACAUUGUGUUUAUACUGCUUGAGCGAGGCACAUUUCACACCAGAGGCUUGUUAAUUCUUUUACUGUUUAAAAUAAAUGAUUCCAAUUGAUCACAAAGUAUAAAAUAAGUACGCAUUUGGAAUUCAGUUGAACAAUCAAAUAAUAUCUAACAGAUUAGGGCCUUAUUUGUUCUAAAGGGCUCGACACACGGGAGGCGACGUCGCUCGCUCUCCAUUCAUUUCCUAUGGAGCCUGUGCGGUGA